CUGGUUAAUGUUUCUCCAACAUGACUUCGACAAAAUCGUUGGUGGAACAUUGCAUAAUUGUCGAUGGAGCACCAAAAACGUUAAACAAAAGUCAGCUGUUGGAAUUAAUACAAAGGCAUGAAUCAACAACAAACAUUUUGAAACACCAUUUUCAGGAAGUUAAACAAGUGAAUCAAUGGGUUCUUUGGCUUAACUUGUCAAAAAGCGUUAACUACCUUUGUGAUGAAGUACAAGAGUAUCAGAUAAACAUAGAUGAUGAAAAUCAUACAGUUACAUUCCUCAGAUGUAACGAGUCUGAUAUACCCAAAGCUUGGCUAAACAGUGAGGUUGCUAGCAGUAACAGAGAGUUUGGUAACCAUCACCAACACGGUAUGAUGAUGUUUUUUUUACUUUUCGGUGCAAAAAAUAAAAGUACUUUCCUUGGUCUAAAAACAUCACAGUACACAUCGGAAAAAGAAUUGCAUGUGCAACAAUUCCAGAAACCAACUGCUAAGGCUAAAUUAUCAAAUUUACCUAAGGCUACAGAUAACGACUUCUUAGAGCUGUAUUUGGAGCAAGAAUUAGGAAAUGAAGUCGCAAUUGAAUCUAUAGAAUUAUGUGGAAACGGCACUGAAGCAAUCAUUGAAUUUCAAAGGAAAGAAAUGUAUGAUGCGUUAAUGCAGAAACAGCCUUUAGACAUGGAAGGUCAGAACAUAUUUGUAGAACUUAUAGAAUCACAACCAUUACUUCAAGGUGACCCUAAAACAAUAGAGGUUACCUCCGACAAAGGAAUAAUAACAGAAAAUACCGCACGGACUAUUCGUCUGUAUUUUGGAAAUCAUGGUCGUUCUGAUGGAGGGAAAAUAGUGGAAUUCAAAUUUGUCGCAGAUACAGAAACCAUUCUGAUAGCAUUUGAAUCUGCAGAAGUUGCAAAAGCUGUAUCUGCUCGAAAAGAUCAUAGAUACAAAGACGCUUUGCUAAAUGUUGUUCUGGUAGAUGAAGACCUGCUCCAAAAAAGAGCAAACGAGGACUGUGAAAAAAGGAAACGAAAAUCUAUACGCAUCACAAAUGUACCCUAUGAAAUCGACAAAGAUACUCUGGAAAUGGUGUUUGAGGAUGCUGAGACAUUUGGAGGGAAUAUUCGCGUUGUCGAUGUUAAACUAGACCCUAAAAGUAGCAGUGCAAUCAUACAGUUUGAAGAGGCCGAUGACGUAGAAAGAAUACUACAGAAGAAGCAAGUUGAUAUCGAGGGACAGACUGUACAUAUUGAACCUAUCGAAGACGGUAAUCUAGAAGAACCUUGCACUGUUGUGGUAGCGGGACCAACUGACCUACUCACAGAGGAUAACAUCAAAUCACUCAAAAUGUAUUUCAAUAACAAGAGACGAUCAGGGGGAGAAGAUGUCAUUGGUUGCUGCGUCCGGAAACCUGGCUCGGUCGAAGUUACAUUUAAAUCUAGCAAGGUUGCAAAACAUGUCGCAGAACGAAACAAUCACAUGUUUAAAUCGUCACGAAUCGAUGUGAAGUUGAUGGAAAACAAAUCUGAUAUUUUAUCUCCCGACAAGUCAAAUAAGUUGCUUUUCUCGGGCGUUGAUAAAGCAAUUAAAGAUAUUCUUGUCCUUUACCUCGAGGACAUGUUUGAAAAUCUACACGUUAAAGCUGAAAUUCCUAGUGAUGACGAUUCAAAGGUCAUACUGGAAUUCCAAGACUCAAAUGGCGCCCAAAUGAUUUUGCAAAGGCAACCAAUAUGUAUCGAGGGGCAUUACGUUGACGUUACGUUAUAUACAGAUGAACCAGAAAAACAAUGUACGAUACAAGUUCAAGGCCUUCCAAAUAUUGAAGAGAAUAUAGAUGCAUUACGGAUGUACUUUAAAAACACCAAACGUUCUGGAGGAGGAACCAUCGUUCAUUGUGAGGUUGACAAAGGCAACCAUGCUGCGCUUAUUACAUUUGAAACUGAGGAAGUCGCUCGUUUGGUUGUAAAUCGCCCUAAACAUGAGUUGAAGGGUACAGUGUUGGAAGUAAUAUUAUAUAAUAAGCCAACAGAAGAUUUAAAAACAAGGGUUUUUGAGACCACCAGGAAGAUACUCAUCAAAGGAUUACCUAAAACAAUUGACAAAGAGUAUUUAGAAUUAUAUUUUGAAGAUUUUGGAGAAAAAGAAAUGGUGGUAGAAAAAGUUGAUAUAGACACUGACAAAUCUACAGCUGUUGUAGAAUUUCAUGACCAAACAGCCGUAGACUUUAUAAUGAAACAUACUCCUUUAAAAAUGAAAGAAAAUAUUGUAUCUGUUGAACGCUACAAAGAAGAACAGGCUGAUCUUUGCACAAUAGAAAUCCAUGGUGUCUCCGACAUAGAACAUAAUCUUGAAAAGGUUUUAAUGUAUUUUAAAAAUAAAAGGCGUUCAAGUGGUGGAGAAAUUGUAAGCAAUGAUGUUGAUAUUCAGAAAAUACAUUAG